AUGGUCAAACUCAAUUCAGUGGAUUAUGAUAUUGGCUAUCCCAUAUAUGGCGCCAAGUUCCUAAAUGACAAAACGCUAUUGGUUACUGGUGGAGGUGGUGAAGGAAAUCAAGAAAUAUCAAAUAGACUUACUGCUUUAACAAUCAACUUAACCAAGAAGAAGAAACCUAUAAAGAAGUUUAGAGAAUUGAAACUAAAUGAUGAAAAUGAUGCCCCAAGUGUCUUGGAUUCAAAUAACAGUAUUAUAUUGCUGGGGUGUAAUGAAGGUCAAACUUCAAUUGCAAAUGGUCAUAAUCAUAAUUUACAAAAAUUCAUUUAUAUCAAUGAUCAUUUGAAAUAUAUAACUUCAACUUCAUUAGAAUCUGAAAUUUCAAAAUCAAUCUAUCAGAAAUUCAUAACAAUUUCCAAAGAUGGUUCAAUUGCUGCUAUUGCUUCAAGUAAAAUUCCAACAAUUAUUCAUAUUUUGGAUCCAGUAAAUUUAUUUGAGAAAUAUGAAAUUGAAACAAAUAAUGAUGUUAAAGAUCUUGAUAUAAGUCCUGAUGGUAAAAACCUAACUUAUAUCACAAAGACAAACACAAUAGAGAUCAUUUCCAUUAUAACUGGAAGAUCUUUAUUACGUCGUGUGGAUUUCAAUGAGAAUAUAAAUCUAAAUAAAGUUAGAUUUAUUGACAAUAAUCAUGUUGUAUUAGGAGUUUCAUCCAAAAAUGGUGAUGGGGUUUCAUUGAUCAAAUUAUCAUUGUCAUCUAAAUUGAAAACUGUUAAAGAAGUCCAAGUUUCUAAAAAAAUAAAAUCAAUAACUUCAAUUGAUGUUAAUUUACAAAAUGGUGUAUUGGCAAUUUCAGGUAAUGAAAAUUCAAUAAUCUUAUUCAAAUUACAAUCUUUAAAGAAGAUCAAAGUUUUUAACAAUGUUCAUUCCUUGUCAAUUACAAAAUUGACAUUUUCACCAAACGGUUCAUUUUUAGCUAGUGUUUCUGUUGCAAAUACAGUUAAUAUUAUUGAAAUUCCGAACGGGUUAGGUUUAGAGACUCAUCAUAUUUAUAAUUUUUUCAAAAGAUCUUUCCAAUUGUUGAUAGUUGCUAUUGUUUUACAAUUAGGUUAU